AUGGCAAGUGCGUAUAAUUUAUCCGAUGAGAUUCUACGUGUGUUUGUCAAUACACAGCGAAGUGAAAUGACAUUGGCCGAUUUGCAUCAGCAUUUAGUUAAUCAUAGGAAUCGUUUAACUACGGAUGAUAUUCUUUGUGCGUUUCGAUCGGCAAGUCUGAUGAAUCUUUUCAAUCUACAAUCGAUAUCUAAUGAGUUAUGUUUAGUACAAUUGAAUCCAAAAUUAAUUCUCUGCGAACUUUGUCUAAAGCGACAAUCCCAUUUCUUUCGCAAACCAUCGGAUAAAGAAUGUUGUUUUCCGCAUAAACUUACUGAACAUCCAAACAAUGUCAUACUAUUAAGAAAAUUCAAUUAUGAAGUGUUUGAUGAAAAUCUACUUCUCGAUAUACUUCGUCUUCAUCUUAAAGCAAACAAGGAAAAUGAAGCGACUAAUACCAAACCGUUCAAUCCAGAUCGACGUUUUCCGGCGAAACAAUCACCAGUACACCUAAAUAAUCGUCCGCCAACGAGUAGCUCUCCAACAGCUACACCGAAGCAUCGAGUCCUGAAAUCAAGACCGCCAUCAACCACAAAAAAAUCACCUAUUCAAUCAACAAUUCUGAAAGAAAAUGUAGCCGAACGACAGUUAGAUAUCUGUAUUCCAUCAGAAAAAGAUGCACCAGACGUUGAUCUCGAAAUUGUUCAAUUGGUUCUAGCAACAAAAGACAUCAUUGUCGAACCACAAUUAGACAAACAAGUUUCCAAUGAUUUCUAUCGAAGAUAUACUUUGCAGUUUAAGAGUAAACAAAUUGUUGACCAUCUGCUACAAACUGAGCCAGUUAUCAUUUAUAACAAUGUUCCCAUUAAAAUGAAGCGAACGACCCGACAGAGAGACGCACGACUUUUCGCGUUUAAAUUUGAUACAGAUAAAAAAAUUGAUUCGAUGCGUUUGAAUUUAUAUGUCGAAACGCUCGUGGGUAAACAAAAUGGGGAUAUAAUUGAUAUGACAUCGAAUGGUAGUGAGCAGCAAAUCUACCUCGUUCGUUGCAAAGAACCAAUCGAUUUCAAUCAUUUAUACAGAAUAUAUUCAACGAAAAAUACGUUACAAGGUUUUCGUGUCAUUAUUACUGAAAUCUAUGCAGCGGAAACUCUGGAAGUGUCUUUUAUUCCAAAUACACUUCAUAAACCGAUGAGCAUCGAAUAUUUACGAAAACUGUUUGGCGAAACUCGCUGGCAACAAGAUGUCUUUGCUUGCACUGCUAUUCAUGACGAAUAUAGCGCUGAUAUUGAAUUGAUGAACGAAGAUGUUACGACCAACUGGUUAUUGGAUGCGAAUCGGUUCGAACGAGAUCUCUUUCUUAGUAUUCGUCCUAUCAUUGAUUUCAUCACACCGUCUGAAAAGAAUGAGGAAGAAGAUGAUGAAGAGGUCAGGAAUUUACUUGCUGAAUCGCCAGUGGCAACUUCCAUUUCACCUACCAAUGCUUCGGUUGACUCAUCAAAGGAGGAGAAAGACUUACAUGUGUACCGGAUCAAGCCAGAUUGGCGCAUCGUUCUCACACAUCCAACAUUCGGCAAAGACUAUCGAAAAUAUAUUGGUGAAAAUCUGAAUCUAUCGGUUCAAAUAACCGGCUCAUCAAUUCAUGUACCCAACGAACAUCUACGAAAAGAGCUAGCCCGUCAUACGAAUAUGUUCAUACAAAAAUUUGUUUUUCACGAAGUGAACAAUCCCAGUAAAGCACAAGUACAAUUAAUCAAAGAAAACUACCAUCGUAUGGCACACAAAUGGCGACAAGAUACAACAGUCACAUUAAUCGCAGCCCAUCGCGAUGUAAUUGACGAGCUUCUUGCGCAACUUAAUUCAGCUAGUCGACCGCCAUCGAAGACAGUCAAUACUCCAGCAUUACGAACACGACCUUUGCCUAAUGUGAAAAAACAAUCACCAUCAUCAUCGCCGAAACCAUCCAACGAAGAAUCCCUUACAAGUCAACCGUCAACCAAAUCCAACGAAGAAAAUACAUAUCUUCUUCCAUAUUCGAUCGAGAACAGUGUCUAUUUUCCAUUUUUUCAUACGUCUAAUUCAUUUCCUGAUCGACUGAGAACUUAUCUAUCGAGUACUUAUCAUAUUACUCUAGAAAUCAAAUUCGUCUCACCAACAAAACUAAUGCUUGAACUGAGUGGUCAGCAGAACCUUGUCCACGAAGCACGAAAUGUCUUACAGUCACUUUUUACAUCAUUAAAAAACAAAACAUAUUCGAAUUCAUCUACAUCUUGUAAAUUCUCAAUCCCCGAUGUUCAGCACGUAGCACAAUGGCAUCUGGAUCAAAGCGGAAUCGUCUCAUCUUGCACUUAUUCACCAAGAAAUGGUGGAACACUAUUAGUACGAUAUUUCGCUGGCCAUCCACAAUUCGGUGCUGACGAACAAACCAUCGAUGAUAUUAUCCUGAAUAAACUUUACGAUAAAAGUUAUCAAUUCUCAGGAAAUAGUAAAAAAUUUGAGUCUCAAAAAGGAUCGACUGAGAAAAGCCAAUCGCUUUCAAUAUAUCUCUGCGGUAGCAAACCGGUUGUUCACGAAGUUUACAUACAAGUAAAGACACUCGCAGACGAAUAUAUACCCACGAAAUGCGAUGUAGCAUUGGCAUCAAAUCAGAUUGUUUACCUUCUCCAAUUUUGUCAAACGGAGAUAAAGAAAUUUGACAAGCGGUACGAAGAUGAUGGCGUGAAUAUACUUACAGGAUUGAAGUCGGAUGGAACGAGUCAAGUUUUAGCACCGAAAUAUCUUCAUGCGGAAGUCAAAUUGUUCCUAUUUGAAAUGGGUCAAGUACAAAUGGUUUCGAAAGACUUCAGAUGUUCCUCACAGUUACUCAAAGAGAAAAAGAGUGAAAUCAGCACAUUAGCAAGUAGAAAUCAUUGCUUACUGUCGAUUAACUCAUCAUCAUCAUCGUCGUCGUCAUCAUCAUCGCUACCAAAAGUUCCAUCUUCUCCUGUAACACAUCAAAUAUCAGUGAAAGUUGGUCCUGGAGAAAUUCAUGUGAUCAAUGGAGAUCUAACAAAAGAACAAGUUGAUGUUAUCGUUAUAUGCUCAACAUCCACGCAACUUUACGAAAAAUUUAUCAAAGCAGCUGGCUCAGAAGUCGAACAAGAACUAAAAGGAAAAGACCUUGCAAAUAAGACGAUUGACACAUCCGUUGGACAGUUGAAACAAGCGAAGCGGUUAUUUUUCAUACCUUGGGCUCCACCAAGUGCAUAUUUCACCAAUUCAGAUUCUGAUUCACUUCGUCAGUCGAUUAUUGCAUUUAUUCAAGAAGCAAUUAAGUUUACUAUUCAGAAAAAUCUUCAAAGCAUCGCGUUUCCGGCGAUUGGCUGCGGAGGUCAUCGUAUACCAUCGGAUGUCAUUGCGACCAUUAUGAUCGAAACAGUACAAAAGGAGCUUCUAUCUAAUUCAAAAGCUCAAUUAACAGUGAAGUUCGUCAUUCAACAAACAAACGUUUGCUUGGAUUUUUCUGCAAAAUUGAAAUCGAUAUCAAGCUCGGCUACUGCUAAUCGAACCCGCACUUCAUCACCAACUCAUUCGAUGAAUGCAGAGAAAGUUACUAUCACUCUGACAACCUCCAAUGUGAAUGUGAACGUUGCAAGGUCAUUAUUAGACACGAUUGAAAAUAUUCUCGCCUGA